UGCAGGGAGUAGACAGCAGAGUGUUGUCAGGAGAGUGCAGGGAGCAGAGUGUUGUCAGGAGAGUACAGUCAGUAGACAGCAGAGUGCAGUGAGGAGAGUGCAGCGUAGAUCAGAGAGAGGUGUAUAGAGCGCGGUGUCCCUGGCAGGGGCCUCUGUGUGUCCCAGUUGCUUUUCUUUGCUGGGAACAAUGUGUGAUUGUUGUGGGGGUGGGAGGGGGCACUCGGCAGCACAGUGGAAGGUGGCAGAUCCCAGUGAACAGCUUGCUGUGUCCUGUCCCGGGGAUGACGAGCAUUGUGCAGGAUCUAACUGACAGGAGAGCGCUCCCCACACUGCUGUCCCUUUAAUAGUGAUUUGUGAGUGUGUGUGAGUGUGAGGAGAGGUCUCACUCCGCUCUCUGCACCCCCUGACAGGUUCUCCUAAAGCCAUCAGAAGUGGCGGCUGUGACAAAGGGAUAUUGUGCUGGAUUCAGCAUGCUCACCGAGCCAGACGCACCGCCGGAGUUUGAGAGGAUAUUGAUGGUAAUAAGGUUGUCUCUUCGUUUGCCCCACACAUCUCAGCUACCUCACCUAUGAAGGCCGAUGAAGGUGGAAGGCAAAGUGGCGAGUCUGUGACAAAUAAUUCCCUGGGAACACCUGAGAGGCGCAAAGGUAGCUUAGCAGACGUUGUGGACACGCUGAAACAGAGGAAGAUGGAGGAGAUGAUUAAAAGCGAGCCAGAAGAAACGCCCAGCAUUGAAAAGCUUUUGUCGAAGGACUGGAAGGACAAGCUCCUGGCCAUGGGAUCGGGGAACCUGGGUGACAUAAAAGGGACCCCUGAGAGCCUGGCGGAGAAGGAGCGGCAGUUGAUGGCGAUGAUCAAUCAGUUGACCAGUCUUCGAGAACAGCUGCUGGCAGCCCACGAUGAGCAGAAGAAACUCGCCGCCUCACAAAUGGAGAAACAGCGCCAGCAGAUGGAGCUGGCCAAACAGCAGCAAGAACAGAUUGCCAGACAACAGCAACAACUAUUGCAGCAACAGCAUAAAAUCAACUUACUGCAGCAACAAAUCCAGGUUCAGGGUCAGUUGCCCCCUUUAAUGAUCCCCGUGUUCCCUCCUGAUCAGAGGACGCUCGCGGCCGCAGCUGCAGCCCAGCAAGGAUUUCUCAUUCCUCCGGGAUUCAGCUACAAGGCCGGUUGCAGUGACCCCUACCCCCUUCAGCUGAUUCCCACUACCAUGGCAGCUGCUGCCGCGGCAACGCCAGGCCUGGGGCCUCUCCAACUACAGCAACUGUAUGCCGCUCAGCUGGCUGCCAUGCAAGUCUCCCCGGGGAACAAAAUGUCUGGUGUGCCGCAGGGGCACCUCGGUGCUGCGUCUCCGUCAAAUAUCCAUUCCGAGAAGUGCACAAGCAGCCCAUCACCCAAACCUAAGGAUGAUGUCUCUCAGCCACUGAACCUUUCCGCCAGGCCCAAGACCUCAGACCGCAGAUCUCCUGCAUCACCCACCUCACCGCACAUCCCUCCAGCCAGGAUGAGCAGCGGUAACAGCUCUUACAAACCGUCCAUCUCCUCCACCCUCGCCAGUCCUCCUGUUAGAGUCAAUUCUAUAGAUAUCUUAUCCUCCAUUACGUCGACGGGGUACUUAAAUGAUCAUGAUGCAGUGACUAAGGCCAUCCAGGAAGCACGGCAGAUGAAGGAGCAUCUAAGACGGGAGCAGCAAGCCCUGGAUGGAAAGGUGGCGGCACUCAACAACUGCCGGACAGAGAAGGAUAAGCAGUCCCUAGAUUGUCUGUCCCAGCAGAUGGCAGUCAAGCAAAACGAUGAUGGAAAGUUCAGUCACAGCAUGAUGGAUUUUAAUUUGAGCGGAGACUCUGACGGAAGUGCUGGUGUGUCUGAGUCCCGGAUAUAUCGAGAGGCCCGGGGCCGCGGGAGCAGUGAGCCACAUAUCAAACGUCCAAUGAAUGCCUUCAUGGUGUGGGCGAAGGACGAGCGGAGGAAGAUUCUCCAGGCUUUCCCCGACAUGCACAAUUCAAACAUUAGCAAAAUACUAGGGUCUCGCUGGAAAGCCAUGACGAAUCUGGAGAAGCAGCCUUACUAUGAAGAGCAAGCUCGACUUAGCAAGCAGCAUCUGGAGAAAUACCCGGACUACAAAUACAAGCCACGGCCAAAACGCACCUGCUUAGUUGAUGGCAAAAAGCUGCGGAUCGGCGAGUACAAGGCGAUCAUGCGCAACCGGCGGCAAGAAAUGAGACAGUAUUUCAAUGUAGGGCAACAAGCACAAAUCCCCAUCACUACAACGGGUGUGGUGUACCCAGGAGCCAUCGCAAUGGCAGGCAUGCAAUCACCUCACUUGCCGUCAGAGCACUCGAGCGUCUCGAGCAGUCCAGAGCCCGGCAUGCAGGUCAUCCAAAGCACUUUUGGCAUCAAAGGAGAGGAGCCUCACAUCAAGGAGGAGAUGCAAAAUGAUGACAUGAACGGUGAAAUAUAUGAUGAGUACGAGGACGACGAUCCGGACGCAGAUUUUGUCAGUGACAGUGAAAAUCACAGUGCGGCACACGCCAACUGAUGCAGGAUGGGGUACGGCUGGAACUUUGAGGACUUAAUAAGGCGCAACCCCGACUCGCCUUCAUCAGUGGUGAAGCAUGAGCUUUUUGGAUACACUGACUGUUACUUUUAACUGUUCUUAAAAAAAAAAAUGCUGGGACUUUUAACUGACAGAAUAAAACUCUUGACCCAAAAUGCACGGGGUUGGAAAAGUAAAAUGAAAAACACAAAAUACCACAGAUUUUCCACCAAAAGAACGGGAUAAGCUAUGGGUAAACUAAUGCCAGUAAUCUAGCUGCUCAGCACUGACGUCUUACCCUUCAACUUUUUUUUUUUUUUUUUCAUAUAUAAAAGACAAAAAAAACAACAAAAACUUGGCUGUUUGUUCUACAAUGUUCUAGAAAAUCUCACUCAGGUACACAGUGCCAACAAGUGGCUUGUGAAUGUGUUUUGUCGUUUUGUGCUAAAGUUUAAAGAGGAAUACGUUUUUUUUUUUUGUUUUUUUUUUGGUAACGCACCUGAAAAAAAAAAUAGAUGCUCCUGGCUGGCUCCUCUUCCCCCUUCCUUCCUUCAUUUUCCUUGGCGUUGUGGGUGGAUCCAAGGGACUGUCGUUGUGUGUGGAUACCCGAAUCUUUCCAACUGUACUAUGGACAUAUUUCCUCAUCUGUUGCAUUUCUAUUAGCAAGUGCCAAAUUUGUAAUGAUGUGCUCAAUUAGUCCAUACAUUUUUUCUUUUUACAUUUCUUUCUGGUCUGUCUUAAGUUUUUAGGACAGUGUUACUUCUUAGACAAUCUCUUAAAAGAACUGACAAUUGACCAGCAGCUGGUAAAAAAAAAUAAAAAAUAAAAAAAAAAUAUUUUAAACUGUAGUUGCAGUUCUCAGGUGAUGGCAAGAGACUUAAAAAAAAAAAAA